AGGAGUUUACGGUUCAUUUGGGGGACGGUUCCUGGAACCUGUGGGGUCCCUCAGGGGUCUGGUCUCGGUCCUUUGCUGUUUUGUUGAGUUUAAGAUCCAGUUUUAUUAGUGAGGAGGUCCAGGUUUCCGUGGGACUGAAUGGACCCUCUUCAGCUGGUCUACAUGAAGACCUGUUAAAGACCUGAACAGGAUGUCUUUAGUCUCUGUUGUCAGGAACCCAGGUUAAAUUCUGCUGACUCGUCGUUCAGGUGAAGUCAGGUCUCCUCAAAGGUCUGGAUCUUCACUGGAACCUACAAACGGUCCAGAACCCAGGUCCUGGUUUCCCGUCUGUUCCCAGGUUGAUUUGAAGGUUUUAUUGCUUGUUUUUAAAGUUCUGAGGUGACCGGGUUCUGUUCCUGUAAACCUUCAGAACCAGCUCAGCUGUCUGGAUUUAUUUUCUUCGGCUGUUUUAUAUUUUUGUUUUUGAAGCUCUUCAGUUCUGGUGUCACAGAAAUCAAUCUGGGUCGGUUCUGUUCAGUUUCAGAUCAAACGCUGAGUCAUCGUUUCAGUUAGACCCAAGACCCGGAUGAUUCAGAACCUUUGAAGUCAUCAGAUCCAACCCUCCGGAGCAGAGCCGCUGCAGGGUCAGGAUGCAGAGCACCACCAACUACCUGUGGCUGAUCUCAGACCUGCUGGGUCAGGGAGCCACAGCCAACGUUUACCGAGGACGGCACAAGAAAACUGGAGACCUGUACGCCGUCAAGGUCUUCAACAACCUGAGCUUCCUGCGUCCUCUGGACGUCCAGAUGAGAGAGUUUGAAGUCCUGAAGAAGCUGAACCACAAGAACAUCGUCAAACUGUUUGCUGUGGAGGAGGAGACCAACACCCGUCACAAGGUCCUGGUCAUGGAGUACUGUCCCUGCGGCAGCCUCUACACCGUCCUGGAGGAGUCCACCAACGCCUACGGACUCCCAGAGGACGAGUUCCUCAUAGUUCUCCAUGACGUGGUGGCAGGUAUGAAUCACCUGAGAGAGUACGGCAUCGUGCACCGAGACAUCAAACCUGGAAACAUCAUGAGGGUGAUCGGAGAGGACGGACGCUCCGUCUACAAGCUGACCGACUUCGGAGCCGCCAGAGAGCUGGAGGACGACGAGCAGUUUGUGUCCCUGUACGGGACCGAGGAGUACCUGCACCCUGACAUGUACGAGCGGGCGGUCCUGAGGAAGGACCACCAGAAGAAGUACGGGGCCACUGUGGACCUGUGGAGCAUCGGGGUCACCUUCUACCACGCUGCCACGGGCAGCCUGCCCUUCAGACCCUUUGAGGGUCCCCGCAGGAACAAGGAGGUCAUGUAUAAGAUCAUCACAGAGAAGCCCUCGGGGACCAUCUCUGGACAUCAGAAAUGUGAGAACGGGAAGAUCGAGUGGAGCUCAGAGAUGCCGGUGUCCUGCAGUCUGUCCAAGGGUCUUCAGAGCCUCCUGACUCCGGUCCUGGCCAACAUCCUGGAGGCGGACCAGGAGAAGUGCUGGGGUUUCGAUCAGUUCUUCGCUGAGACCAACGACAUCCUGCACCGGACUGUGGUCUACGUCUUCAGCCUGCAGCAGGCCACGCUGCACCACGUCUACAUCCACGAGUACAACACGGCGGCGCUGUUCCUGGAGCUGCUGUGCCGCAGGACCAGCAUCCCCCAGCACCACCAGGAGCUGCUGUACGAGGGACGCCGCCUCGUCCUGGACCCCAACCGGCAGGCCAAGACCUUCCCCGAGACGUCCAGGGACAACCCCAUCAUGCUGGUGAGCCGCGAGUGCGUGGCCACCGUGGGACUGAUCUUUGAAGACCCGAGUCCUCCUAAAGUCCAGCCACGCUACGACCUGGACCUGGACGCCAGUUACGCCAAGACCUUUGCAGGUGAUGUGGCCCAUUUAUGGAAGACCUCCGAGUCUCUGCUGGUCUAUCAGGAACUGGUGCGGAAAGGAGUCCGAGGACUCAUAGAGCUGAUGAAGGAGGACUACAGUGAGAUCCUGCACAAGAAGUCCGAAGUGUUCCGUCUCUGUAACUACUGCACCCAGACCCUGGAGAAGACCGAGCAGCUGUUCGGGGUUGUGAUGCAGGCCAACAUGAUGUCAUCAGAGUACGAUGAGAUCUCAGACAUGCACAAGAAGGUGGUCAGGAUCUCAGGUUCUCUGGAACCUGUGGAGAGAACUUCUCAGGACAUCAAGAAGCACUUCCUGUCUGCAGGCCUGCUGACCGACGGCUGGACUCAACAAGUUGGAACGCACCCCGAGGACAGGAACGUGGAGAAAAUCAAAGUGCUGCUGGAAGCCAUCACUGCCAUCUACCAGCAGUUCAAGAAGGACAAAGCAGAAAGACGUCUGCCGUACAACGAGGAGCAAAUCCACAAGUUUGAUAA